AUGGGAUUAACAGACAAAAUUCAAAGCAAGCUCGGUGGUGGUAAGACCGAAGAAUACGACCAAAAGGCCGGAAAGGCCAUUGGUGGUAAGGACGGACUUUCCAGCGAAAUCCAAAAGCAAUACAAGGAUGGUAAGAUCUCUAAGGAAGAGGCCAUCAAGCAAAGUGAUGCCUUGGACAAGAAGGGAGGCCAAUACGUUGGUCGUGACAACUUGAGUGGUGGAGACCAAGGUAUCGGCUCCAGAUUCGGUGGUGGUUCCUCCCACAGCAAGGAAGCAGGCGCUGCUGGUGUUGGUGCCACUGGUGCUGCUGGCGCUGGUGCUGCUGGUGCUUCAGGUAAGCACGGAGACUCCACUUACGGUACCACUGGAACUGACUCCUAUGGUUCCUCUGGCACUGCUGGUGGUGCUUACGGCUCCUCUGGCAAGGAUGCCUAUGGUUCCACUGGAACUGACUCUUACGGUGCUGGCAAGACCUCGCACAGUGCUUCCCACGGUACUUCCCACGGUACUUCCCACGGCUCCCACAGUACCUCUCACGGUUCCCACAGCACUUCUGGUACUGACACUUAUGGCUCUUCUGGUAAGGACGCCUAUGGUGCUGGAAAGGAUGCUUACAGCUCGAACCAAGGUCAUGGCAAGGAAGCUGCCUUAGGUGCCGGUGCUGUCGGUGCCGGUGCUGCUGCCUAUGGCGCUUCUGGCCACAACCAGAGCCACGGAUCCACUGGCCACAACCAAUACGGUUCUUCUGGUACUGACAGCACUUCUGGUGUUUCAGGCACCAAGGGCUACAAUGACACUACUUCCUCUGGAUACCAAUCUGGUACUCACGGAACUACUGGCACUCACGGUACUACUGGCACUCACGGUACUACUGGCACUCACGGUACUACUGGUACUCACGGUACUACUGGUUCUUACGGUACCACUGGCACCCAUGACAGCACCCACGGUUCUCAUGGUUCCCACGGUACUCACGGUACUACCCAUGGUACUACUGGUACCCAUGGAGCUUCCCACGGUUCUACACACACUUCAUCCGGUUACGACAACUCUACUUCUGGCGUUUCUGGUACCAAGGGUUACGGCGACAGCACCUCUUCUCACGGCCACUCCAGUGGUAACGACACCACUGGCGCUGGUGUUGGUGCUGGUUUAGGUUCCGCCACCCAUGGCUCUCACGGCAGUCAUGGCCACGACUCCAAGAGUGGAUUCUCUACUGGUAACGACAAGUUAGAUGCCAAGAUCUCCAAGUUGGACCCACAAGUCCAAGAAAAGGCUAAGGAAGCAUUCCACCAAGGUUACAAUGAUGCCAAGGGUGCUUUCAGAAGCUGA